AGACAUGUCACUUUGCAAGUCACUUCACAGUCAUGAUGCGAGGUAGCUCAUCAUUCUCCAGCGAGAACAUUUACUAAACGCCGGACUUUUGAUAAUAUUUCUACAAACUUCAGAAAUGAUCAGAAUCGACAACACCCAAUACUUCCACUUUCUGCAGCAGGCAGAUGUCUUACGUCGCUCGGGGACGCUCUGUGAUGCCAUCAUCUCGGUAAAGAGUAAAACUUUCAGGGCUCAUCGGCUAGUAUUGGCUUGUGCUAGUAAAAGACUAGCGCAGCAGCUAGCCCAGGGAGACACAGACAGCCCAGUCCACUGCACUCUGGAGUAUUUCUCACCCCGCACCUUCCAGCAAGUUCUGGACUUCACCUACGCACAGACUCUUGAGGUGUCUGAAGAUGACCUGCACUUGCUGCUGAGAGCUGCUCAGCUGCUGGAAAUGCAGCUGCUGGAGCACCAGUGCCGAAAGCAGCUGGACAAUCUCGACUACAGAGCCAGAGAUGAUGACGAAAAAAGGGACAUCACAAGUGUCAAAGAAGAGGAGGGAAGUGCAGAGGAGAAUGAUCAAAAGCAAAAAGGAAGUCCACUUCAAGAGGAGAAGCUCCAAGAGACUUUGUCCCCAGUAGAGCAGGCAAGCGACUGCAUUAUCAUGGAAAACCUUUCACCCUCUGAUCCUGCUAAGAACCCCGACAGUCCACCAUUCCCAAGAAAGAAGCCCAAACUGCCCCCUGUGUCAGCACCAUCCUAUAACAGAGACAGUGUUACCGUGAGGCCGGCCAGCAGCAGUAACUCUUUCUCCUCUCCCUGGACUUUCCCUCCAAACAUGUGGAGCUCUGUGAGCACCCUGCAGCGGAUAGCAGAGAACUAUUCAAGCUUAAUUGCAACUCACCCCCUACAGUCUCCAAACCAGUCCUCUGUAGCAUACCCAUUCUCCCUCUCCACCCCCCACAUGUUCCCCCUGCUAGGCUCUCGUUUUCAAACCCCUGUUCACAGCUCCGUAAUGGGCUACUCUGGCUUUUAUCCACGUUAUACACAAAACCUUUACACUGGGUCGACAGGGAUGGGGAGCCUAAUCAAGCAAGGCCUGUUAAAAAGAAAAAAAGUCAGCCAGAGAGCGUUUACUGGGGCCGCACAAACCAGUGAGCCGAGUUACCAUGAGGGGCCCAAAGCCAGCAGAGAGAGAAUCAAAGACUGCCAACACUGUAACACAAGCGCCCGUGGUGAUCCAGUGCUGCGGGACUCAACACCACCAGGUGACGCCUGUGCAGGGUGUCGGUUCUGUGGAAGAGGAGAUGAGGUGCAGCGUGAACCGCAGUCCCUUCGACAAGAGAACAGAGGAGAAAAACCCUAUCAGUGCCAACACUGUCCUAAAAAGUUCAGUCUGAAACACCAACUGGACACACACCACCGAGUUCACACCGGAGAGAAACCCUUCGAGUGCCGUCUCUGUGGUCAGCGCUCACGGGACUACUCGGCCAUGAUCAAGCACUUGCGGACUCACGGCGGAGCGACACCCUACCAGUGCACAGUGUGCCUGGAGUUCUGCAACAGCCUGGUCGCCAUGCAGAGGCAUUUGAAGAGCCACUCAGUGCAGGACUUCCCUCCUGACUGGAGCAUCAACAGCACCUAUCUGUACAUCUCACACAUCUGAGCCGCACACAGACACUGCUGUCUACACAAAGUUCUCAUAAAUGUAGCUUUAGUUUGUGCCUCUCAUGUACUAUCAUUACAUUUGACACACAGAGCAGAGCAUUUGUUUUUCUGAAGGAGAAGGAGAAAAUACCAAGAUGGUCCUUUCACAAUUACCACUGUUUUAAAGCUAUAACAAUAUAUGAGAGGCACAAACUAGAGCCGACGCAGGUGUCACAUUAACCUCUAUACAAACUGAAACUGAUCUAUUCUUAUUCACGACACAACACACUGCUCUAGAAAAGAAAAAUGUGGCACUUAUUUCCAAUGACAUGUCAGAAAAGGUACUGAAAGUGUUUAUCAUUUCACAUUAGGUCAUGUACGCGCAUUAAAGCCACAUAAGCAGCUCCUCCUCGUCAAAUGACGCAGACACCUUCCCUCUUACUUUCAUAAUUAUUGGACCACUUUUGUAAACUUUGUAAGUUUGACUUAGGUUUAUAGCACCCUCAUGAGGGCAACCACUGUAACAAUCACUUUGUCUUUCUGUAGAAAAGCUCAAAAAUGUAUCACCAUGUUAAAACAGGACUAAGGUGUAAUGUUUGCAGUUGGAAAAAGGAAUGUUUUUUUUUAAGUCCUGUUAGAUACAAACAGGUCUACAUUCACUGAUCCAGAUUUAGCUGUUUCGGUCGGUAUGCUUUACUUCUCUCAUUAAAAUUCAAAUGUAUCUAUACCAUUUUAAAGAAGCAGUGUGUGGGAUUUUUUGGCAUCUUGCAGUGAGGAUUGCAGAUUGCAACCAGCUAAAACUUCUCCCAUGUGCAUAGUGUCAGUGUUAAUUGUUCAAGAGGUUUUUACCAGGAGCCUAAGGGAAGCUGUUUUCUUCUCCAAAGCACACCAAACAGGUGAAUAAAACCAGUAGAAACACAGAGAAAAAGAGUUUCAAAUGAGUGUUUCUCUGAUGUUGUACAGCUUGUCACAGACAGGUUGCAAGACUAGCACCUGCGAAAGAUCCAAAGUUUAGCAGAUUUUUAACGAGAGCCGAAUUAUCCGUAGAGGUCUCUUCUCAAAAACAAAUGAAAAUGUUGAUUUAAAAUACCCCCAAAACACAGCAUAAAUCAGUUUCUCAUCAAAAAUUAGUGUUAUAUUGACGUUUUUUAGCUCAUCACACAGUUGCUACUCUUUGAUGGUGUCAACGCCAAACGUGAUAGGCCCUAUUUAGAGCGAGUGUUUGAUUUGUCUGCUCUUGGUUACUGUAGUAACAUGGCAGUACAACAUGGCUAUCUCCAUGGAUAAGGACCUGCUCCCUAUGUAGAUAUAAGAGGUUCAUUCUAAGGUAUUCAAGAAACAACUAUUCUUAUUUCAAGGUGAUUAUACACAGAAAAAACACUUUCAAAAUAUUUCAUUUGUGCCCCUAAAUCCUACACACUGAACCUUUAAAAUAUUUACUUUGUUAUGACCCUGUGUUAUGAUACUCAGAGAAAAGCAGGAAGAGAAGGUUUGGAGAGUUUUGCCAGUGCAUGGACCUUGAGGCUUGGCACUGCUUAUGUGACAAAACUCACCCGAGUCCCAAUCGUGGCAUCAUUAAAACGUUAGCGAGAUUGUAUUUAUGUAACAUUGACAAUCUGGAAUGUCGUGGAUAGUUUAAGUGCUCUGAUUCAUUUAACUGACUGCAGGCAGCUAUGUCUCUCCACACAGUGACAAACAGUCCAGCAUUUCUUUCUUCUUUCAUUAGUAGAUCUUUUACAUUGUCAGUCACUGAUGCAGAGCUGCCUAACUCACUAGUUGCAGCUCAAAUGCAUAGAUAUACUAAGUAAAUGUCAAGUGGUGUUUACCUGCAAUACCAGGCCACAAGUUAUAUGACUGCAAAGCUAUGCCAGAAUCCUCAUAUCAUAUGCAACAGUAUGUAACCACGCACAGUGCUUCCCAGAGGGAGCUUUCAAUAAAGCUUUCAAGCCUGU